CUGAGCACGCUGAACUGGAGGCGGAGGGAGAUGGUGCGCUGGCUGGUCACAUGUGCUACUGAAGUCGGCGUCCGCGCUCUCGUCAGCAUCCUGCAGAGCUGGUACACGCUCUUCACCCCCACGGAAGCCACUAGCAUUGUCGCUGCCGCCGCCACGUCUCACAGCACCGUGCUGCGGCUCAACCUGGACUACGCGCAGCGGGAGGAGCUGGCCAGCUGCGCUCGGACCUUGGCUCUGCAGUGCGCCAUGAAGGACCCGCAGAACUGCGCCCUGUCUGCGCUCACCUUGUGCGAGAAGGACCACACGGCCUUCGAGACGGCUUACCAGAUCGCCGUGGACGCCGCCUCCGGGGGCAUGACCUACUCGCAGCUCUUCACCAUCGCCCGCUACAUGGAGCACCGCGGCUACCCGCUCCGAGCUUUCAAACUAUGUUCCCUGGCCAUGAGCCACCUCAACCUGGCGUACAACCAGGACACCCCCCCCGCCAUUAAUGACGUCCUGUGGGCCUGCUCUCUCAGCCAUUCGUUGGGCAAAAACGAACUGGCGGCGCUGGUGCCCCUAGUGGUGAAAAGCGUGCACUGCGCCACCGUACUGUCGGACAUCCUCCGGCGCUGCACGCUCACCGCGCCGGGAUUGGCUGGGAUCCCCGGCAGGCGGAACUCCGGGAAACUGAUGUCAACGGACAAGCCGCCGCUGCGCCAGCUGCUGGACGCGGCAGUGGGCGCCUACAUCAACACCACCCCUUCCCGCCUCACGCACAUCAGCCCCAGACACUACGGAGAGUUCAUCGAGUUCCUCAGCAAAGCCCGGGAGACCUUUCUGCUGGGACAGGACGGCCUGCUGCAGUUCGCUCAGUUCAUAGACAACUUGAAACAGAUUUACAAAGGAAAGAAGAAGCUGAUGAUGUUGGUCAGGGAGCGCUUUGGCUGACGUUCCUCCCCUCCCCCCCACCACGGCUAAGUCUCUCUGAGCUUCUAACACACGCCGGGGCUCCCCGAUAAUCCCAGGGGCCCGAGCCAGGACUGUAUGCAGGAGCUUUGUCAUUCCACCUGCCAAACAUUUCACGUAUUUCUUUGGGAGGGGGAGGAGGAGGAGGAAGGCGC